AGUGAGGUAGCGCUGAAAUGGGUGAGGUGUUUUGGUUCAUUUUAGGUUUAGAACACUUAUAAUUAUGCGCAUUAAUGUUGUGGUAAAGCGUUCAAACACUAAAGUCAGCAGCUCUUUAGAAUACGAAUCUGAAAACAUCAAGUUACAAACUGCAGACAAAUCCAAUUAAUUAUGAGCAGUGGGAUUCUCAGGGGAGCUCUCUGUCCUCUCUCUUUUUUUCUCUCUCGCUCUCUCUCUGACAUCACUGGGAACUUGUGUGUAUAAAGUAACCACAAGAAUGCAGCGUGUCAGGCAAGGGAACGCGAGUACAGACAGAGGGCCCUUUCUUUCACAGGGUAUGCAGGGCAGGGAGAAGGGACGCUGCACUGAGAGAGUGACACACACGGGCAGAGAGAGGUAAAGAGAUACAGGCACAAAGAGCACAGUUCAAUACAUACCAAGUAUGGGGCAACAUUGAGAGCUUAGAGAUUAUCAACAAAAAGCAGGAUUUACAAGGAAGAGGAGAGGGAAAAAACAGCUUUACUGGCCCGGACUUCUAAAACCUUUUGCCGGGCCAUAAUCCUAGUCGACAUAAACCUACAAACUACCCUUUGACCUCCUGGAUACCCAUAACGGUUACCAUUGAUCCAAGUUACAGUGGAGUGCUACACUCAGUCAAUGUUAAAGUCAAAACCAUCAAAGCUAGGCCGCCAUUAGCCGGCACAUUUAAAUGUAUUUCCCUCCAUGGUGCAUUCAGGCAGCCAGAGCCAUGACAUUUUCCUCCAACUUCAAUGAGAGUAAAGCUGAAUAAGAAACUUGAGCAGGGGAGGGAAGAGAGCGAAAAGGCACCAGUGGGACUGGGGUUCACUCUGCUCACCUUCUUCUCUCUAAUUCUCUCCACAGAAAAUGUCCUCAUUCCAUCACUUCUCCCAGAGGAGAAUGGAUUAAAAUAGAGAGGAGACUCCAGAGGACGUGAGGUGGGAUCCCAAAUCCCAAAAGAGGAAACAAACAAACAACACAAACAGGCAGACUUCAUAGACUUUCCCAUCAAGGCAAGGAGAGAUCGGAAUCAUUACAGCAACUGAAGGAUUACAAAGGAAAACCCCCCCUCUCUCAUAAACAAUUGAUCUUUGGACUUCAAACUUUCAUAAAAAAUGCGUUUGUCUUCAAACCCCCAGAUAAGGCGGUUAAGGAAGGAGGGGAGGAUAAAGAGAUUCUCCCUGCAUCAAGGAUUUUUCUAGUCUGUCCCAUCCUCCCUUUCCUUCAUCAGAUAUUCAUUGUGACUGGGAUGUCCUACUAUAUCAGCGAAAUCUUCAAUGUCAUGAGUUCACCAGGAAACUGAAACCAGCACUAGAUCAGGGUCAAAUCACCACAAGAACAAUCCCCUGAUAACAGCAACACCCUUGCUGACUACUUCAAUCAGAACGUGUUCACUAUUGUAAUUGGUUUCUUCUUCAAAGAUUACCCUCAAGAGGAAUUGUUAAGACACUGUCAGUGAACAAUGAAGGAAGACAUCUUGGAUUUUUUCAGUGACUUGUGGAAGGUGGCCACCACUAAGCAUGACCAGGGGAUCUAUAACACAGUCUGCCUGGUGGUGCUGCUAGCCCUGCCUAUGGUGGUGCUCUUCACUUCUCUGGUGGUGUGCUGCCACUGCUGCUGCUGUCGCCACGCCAACUGCGCUGGUUGCUGUGCAGUCAGCCCCAGCUCAGCCUUAGCAAAAUCAGACAAAAAUAAGAAGAGUCCGAAAGAUGAGGACUUGUGGAUCUCGGUCAAAACAGGACCUAUGACACCAGAUAGGGUUGCCCUGACGAUGGUGUAAGGUUCAGAUAAGGUUUUAUCCUUUUGUAUUCAUGUGAAGCUCUUUUUUACUGCAAGGUACAGGUACAUGAUGCCGAGCACUGGUGUUCAAUAUGCUCGACAGAAACGGUUGAAAGACAGUAAAAGAGCCAACGAUACGUGAUUGUGUGUGUGUGUGUGUGUGUGUGUGUGUGUGUGUGUGUGUGUGUGUGUGUGUGUGUGUGUGUGUGUGUGUG